CCGCUGGGCGCAGCCCGCGGGCCGCGCCGUCGGGCCGCUCCCACCCCCACCAGCGGGCCGCCCCCCCUGGAGAAGCGCAGGAAGAGCCCCGCCGGCCGCGCCCCCAAGGGGGCCAGGCCCAACCUCUGUGGGGAGGUCUGCUGCCCCGGAUGGUCCCUGGCACCCAAAACUGGGAAGUGCACCAAAGCCGUCUGCCUCCCUCGAUGUCGGAACGGGGGCCAGUGCAGGGGCCCCCAGCGCUGCGCCUGCCGCUCAGGCUUCUCCGGCCCCCGCUGUGAGCACGCCACGCCCCCCGGCCCCACGAUGACGCCGCAGCCCCCCCGGGUGCCCCUGCCCUCCAUGGCCAUCCGCUGGCAGCCUCUGACGCUGGCCGAGCUCCAGCUGGUUCUCCGGCGCCGGAAGACGUUGGACCCCUCUGAGAAGAUGGCCACGAUCCUGGCGCAGCAUCUGGCCUCCCGGCCGAGCAGGGACAACAAUGGCCCUCCUGGACACGGCCCCCCAGCAACACCAAGGCCCCAAGUCCUCUGCCCCCUCAUCUGCCAAAAUGGGGGGGUCUGCCUCAAGAAGGACAAGUGCCUCUGCCUCCCCAGCUGGACGGGGAAGUUCUGCCACAUCCCAGCCCUCCCUCGGCCCCACGGACAGCAGGCGCCCUCCCGCCGCGAGACCAGCGCCCAGGCCGAGGGGGGGGGCCAGCCCAUGGCCAAGUCCACCUACACCCUCCCCAUCGCCAACCACCGCGAGGAGCGUGACGGUGUGGCCUCGCUGGCCAGCGUCCACGUGGAGCACCCUCCCGAGGCCUCCGUCACCAUCCACCAGGUGGAGCGCGUGAGCGAGGAGCCGGCGGGGGACGCCAACGCCCUCCCCCUCUCCCGCCCGGCCCUCUACAGCGUCCUGGCCCAGAGCAGCCCCCGAGACACCCCCAGCGGAGGCUACGGAGAGGGCGCCGGGUUCGGAUACUGCUUCCGGCAGCUCCGCGGAGGAGAGUGCAGUGCCCCCCUGCCCGGCUUGCGCACUCGAGAGAUCUGCUGCCGGGGGGCCGGCCUGGCCUGGGGGGUCCACGAGUGCCUGCCUUGCGCCAACGGCGACGUGGGGGACGCCAGCCCUGUGGGGAGGAACGAAGUGGCCUGCCCCAAAGGCUUCCGCCGGCAGAACGGAUCCUGCAUUGAUGUGGACGAAUGCACAGAGGGCAGCUUCUGCCACAACGGCGACUGCACCAACACCCGCGGCAGCUUUGCCUGCGUCUGCCACGAGGGGUACAUCCUCGACUCGUCUCGAAGCAGCUGCAUCUCCCACCACGUGAUCUCGGAGGCCAAGGGCCCCUGCUUCCGCGUCCUGAGGGAGGGCGGCUGCUCCCUGCCCAUCCUGCGCAACAUCACCAAGCAGAUCUGCUGCUGCAGCCGCGUGGGCAAGGCCUGGGGCCAGGCCUGCGAGCGAUGCCCGCCCUUUGGCUCAGACGGGUUCAAGGAGAUCUGCCCAGCGGGGCCUGGCUACCACUACUCGGCCUCUGACCUGCGCUACGACACCCGCUUCCUCGGCCAGGACCUGCCCCGGGUGCCCAUCGGCCGCCAGCAAGGGGGUCGGGAUCCAGCCGCCAGACCCCCCCUGGCAACAACCACAGCGCCAUCCGUCCUGCGAUGGAGCCCCCCGCCCACCUCCUUGCCAGAGCGCCAGCCUCCCCGGCGUGUGCCAACCCAGUCUCCUGACCCACCUGUGCCAGACGCUGGGCAGGGCGUGUGCGAACGGCGCCCCCAAGUGUGUGGUCCCGGGCGCUGCAUCCCCCGGCAGGGUGGCUACACCUGUGUGUGCGACCGCGGCUUCUGGCUGAGUCCUCAGGGCACCCACUGCAUUGAUGUGGACGAGUGCCGGAGGAGCCCCCGCCCCUGUGCCAACGGGCGCUGCGAGAACUCGGUGGGCAGCUUCAGCUGCAGGUGCCGGGCCGGCUACCAGGCGGACCCCUCCGGCUCCGAGUGCCAGGACAUUGACGAAUGUGCCAAGACCCCCCCGCCGUGUGCCAACGGGCGCUGCCAAAACACCCCUGGCUCCUUCCGCUGCUCCUGCCCCCCCGGCUACGUUCCCAGCCCCACCGGCUUCGAAUGCAGAGACGUGGACGAAUGCUCCCAGAGCCCCCCGCCCUGCGCCCGCGGCCGCUGCCAGAACACGCCCGGCUCCUACCAGUGCAGCUGCCCCUCCGGCUUCCAGCCCGGCCCCACGGGCACCGAAUGCCUGGACGUGGACGAGUGCCGGGAGACCCCCACCAUCUGCCAACCCGGCCGCUGCGAAAAUGUCCCUGGGGGCUACCGCUGCAGCUGCCCCAUCGGCUACCAGCCCCACCCGCUGGGUACCCAGUGUGUAGAUGUGGAUGAAUGCCAGCAGAGCCCCCCGCCUUGUGGGUCUGGGCGCUGUGAGAACGUGCCCGGCGGGUACCGCUGCCUCUGCCCUGCGGGAUUCCGCGCCAGCCUGACGGAAAACCAGUGCCUGGACAUGGACGAGUGCGCCACGGGAACGCCCUGUGGGCCUCAAGGGCGCUGCAUCAACACAGAGGGCUCCUUCCGCUGCCAGUGUGGACGAGGGUACCGCGCAGAGGGCACGGGGACGUCCUGCGUGGACGUCAACGAGUGCCUGGAGGGCGACUUCUGCUUCCCGCGGGGCGAGUGCCUCAACACCGAGGGAUCCUACACUUGCCUGUGUGCCCAGGGCUUCACCAUCGCCCCCAGCGGGGCCUCCUGCAUCGAUAUUGAUGAAUGCCAACCGGGCACGGCGUGUGCCGGGGGCCACUGCGCCAACACCGAGGGCUCUUUCGACUGCUACUGCCCGCCGGGCACCCGCAGCAGCGCCAACAAGGCCUCCUGCGAAGAUAUCGACGAGUGCCAGGAGUAUGGGGCGGCCCUCUGUGGGACGCAGCGCUGUGAGAACACGCCCGGCUCCUACCGCUGCGUGGCAGAUUGCCAGGCUGGCUACCAGGCUGGCACCACGGGAGACUGCAUUGACAUCAACGAAUGCCAGGAGUAUGGCGUGAGCCUCUGUGGGGAGAAGCGCUGCGAAAACACCCCGGGGUCCUACCACUGCGUCGCCAGCUGCCAGACGGGCUACCAGGCCACAGCCACCGGGGACUGUGUGGAUGUGGACGAGUGCCAGAACAGCUCCCUCUGUGGCGCCCACGCCGUCUGCCACAACCUGCCCGGCUCCUUCCAGUGCAUCUGUGACCAGGGCUACGAGAGCGCCAGGGACGGGCGCCAUUGCCUGGACAUGAACGAGUGCGAGAUGCUGCAAGGGGUGUGUGGCACUGCCCCCUGUGAGAAUGUGGAGGGCUCCUUCCUCUGCAUCUGCCGGGCGGGCGAAGAAUUUGACCCCAUGAUCGGGCGCUGUGUUGCUGUGCCAGGAGCCGCGCGGCCUCCUGCCUUCCCUCGGCGCCCCGAGGCUCCGCGGCCCGAGACCUGGCCCUCUGGGACCGGCGAGGGCGUCCGGCGGGAAUGCUACUAUGACCCCAACGCAGCGCAGGCUUGCGAGAACGUCUUGGCCUGGAACGCCACGCGCCAGGAGUGCUGCUGCAGCCUGGGCCACGGCUGGGGGGUCGACUGCCACAUCCAGGCCUGCCCCGCCCCAGGGACAGCUGAAUACCAGGCCCUGUGUCCUCACGGCAACGGCUUCGCUGCCCCCGGCACCGGAAGCCUCUCCGCCCUCGCAGAUGUGGACGAGUGCGCCCUCUUCAACGCCCAGGUGUGCAAGGGGGGCGUCUGCGUCAACAAGAUCCCCGGCUACGCCUGCUACUGCCCCAAUGGCUACUACUACGAGACGCAGCACUUGGAGUGCAUUGAUAACGACGAGUGCCUUGACGAGGAGGCGGAGCCUUGCGUGGGGGGGCGCUGCAUCAACACCAUUGGCUCCUACUACUGCUCCUGCGCCGCCCCUCUGGUGCUGGACGCUUCGCAUCGCCGCUGUGUGACCAACGACAGUCAAAGCGCAGAUGACAACCUGGCCGUGUGCUGGCAAGAGGUGGGGCCCGACUUGGUCUGCAGCCGCCCCCUCCUGGACCGCCAGGUCACCUACACCGAGUGCUGCUGCCUCUAUGGCGAGGCCUGGAGCAUGGACUGUGCGCUGUGCCCAGCCCCGGACUCAGAUGACUUUGAGACCCUCUGCAACGUCCUCCGCCCCCCCACCGGCUACGGAGCAGGACCGCGCCCGGGAGAUGUGGGGCCGCCCUUUGAGUACGGCGGUCUGCCCUACGGCCCAGAGAUCUUCGCCCCCCCGCCGCGCCCCGGACCCCCCCGCCUGCCGGACUACGACCUCUUCCCCCGCGACUCCCUGUACGGCCCCUCGCCCUACGAGGCCACCGACUUUGAGGACCUGCCCUACGGCGAGGCCAGGCGGGAGGGCCCCGAAGAGACCCCCCGGGGGGUGUACCGGCCCCGCAGCCCCCCCGAGCCCGAAUGGCACCUCCCCCCGCCCCGCAGCGGAUCCAGCUCCUACCUGGAAAGGCCAGGAAGGGCCAGCGAGGACUAUGGCCCCUUUGAGGGAUUUGGGGGUCUCCUGGCCGAGGAGUGUGGGAUCCUGAGCGGCUGCGAGAACGGGCGCUGCGUCCGCGUUGGCGACGGAUUCACCUGCGACUGCCACGAGGGCUACCGCCUGGACCCCGCCCGCAUGGCCUGCCUGGAUGUCGAUGAGUGUGGCGAGUCGGAGCACCUCUGCCCAGGGGGGCGCUGCCUCAACAUGGAGGGCUCCUACCGCUGCCUGUGCCCUCGCGGCACCGUGCCCGCUGGGCAGCCCCCCCGCUGUGUCCCUGCCCCCCGCAGUCGAGCCUGAGCAAGCGGGGAGGAAGAGGCUGGGGAAAAGUAUUUAUUUACCUGUAUAGACUGGGAGGGGAGGGGCGGCCCGGGACAAAAUUCCUCUUUCCCCCCCCCCCUGGCAAAUGGAGGCUCCUCACCCAGGGAGACCCAGAGGAGGCGGCCUGGAAAUGCACUUAUAUUGGGGGGGGGGGGCGGAAGCAGCUCUUGUCCACUCCCAACCUGGCCUGCUGCAUCAGCGCAGAAGUCGCAAAAUAGGAUUUAAUCACCCAUCAUUGAGGAAAUACUUGUAUCAAAAAAGAACCUGCCUUGGGAAGGAGGGGUGGCAUCCAGCAAACUGAGCUUGUCGUCCCCCCCCCCCAAUUUAAACAGCCUCCACUCUGCCCCACUGGAUUUGCCCCAUUGCUUUUAUGCCUUUGGAAGAUGCUUUUGUAAAGGCCAGGCCACUUUCCUCGCCAGCUGGGGGGGGCGAUGGCACAGAGGCUAUUUCUGCAUCACCUCAGGGAGGGAGAGGCACUCUGCACGAGGCCCUGCGCCCUCUUUUCCGCACACAUCCCCAGCCUCCUGGGCCUUUAGAUGCUGGAGCCUCGUGCACCUCGCCCCAGAGUCUGGACCAAAUUCUCUGGUGCCCCCUGGGCAACCCAGUCUGUUCGCCAAAGAAAACCAGGAUGCCUUGCUGGGUGGGCCGCCACCCCCCGCUGCGAUGUGGGGUAAGUGGCCCCCCAUCCCAAAGCUGUAAUGAGGAUGGGGAGAACCUCCCCCCCCCCGAGGGUUGGUUUUGGAAAAAUACAUUCAAAACUGGGUCCAUGUGCCCCCUUGAUCUUGCAGCCUCUAGAACUGGCAGAGAAGGGCUUCAAACCCCCCCACCAGCGCCACAUCCGUCCUAGGAGAUCCAGACACCCCCCCCCCGAGGCAACAAGGGCCAGUCCCCUGCUUGCCUGGCUUAGGCCGCCCCCCUCGCCCGCCCCAAGAUGGGUGCUCCGGGGGCACUGCCACCCCCUCACUGCUGUUACUAGAACAAUAAAGGUUUUCUACAAAAGGC